CUCCUGAGCCGUUGCAAUCAAUAUUUACCUGGAACCUGUCCCUGCAUUACUGUACAGCUCUGAUCCCGCAGUUACAGCAGUGAUAGAGCCUGGGACAUGGCUUCGAAACCAGAUGGAAAGAGAUCUUCCAUUGCCAGUGUUAGAGACCCUGCGGACAGAGCGGCUCCUAAAAUGCCUUUACUGAGAAGCAGGCUGGGCAAUGUGUCCAUCAAUAAUCAGGCAUCCUGGAGUUUAACAGGUCUCCUCGCUGCUCAGAGAAUGACAAAAAAUCUAAAGGAGAGGAGAGCGUUGAAGGUAAAUAAGAAGACGGAAAUUGUGGUUCCUCAGCCACCUUCGUACGCAGCUCGACCUUCUGAGAAGAUCCAGGUCCCAACCAUUAAACACAUUCUGGAGGACUACCUGCCUGGGAAAAUUGGGGAGAUGACCUAUGACACCACCCGUGCUCCAUCGCUGGUGAAAGAGGUCAGCGAAGAGGUAAAGAACUUGGUGAAACGCGUACUUCCAGCCCGUUACAAGGUUUUGUGCGUGGUGAAUCUGGGGGAACGAGGACAAGAGGACAUCAUCGUGGUCAGUCGCAGCUUGUGGGACUCUCAUUCUGACAGCUACGUGGCACAUGUGCAUCAGAAUUCCAGCAUGUUCUGCGUGGUAGCUGUAUAUGUGGUAUACUGUGAGUAGCACUGUAUCAGUUACCCGUGUGUCUCUCGAUACAUGUUUUUUUGGCCUACAAUGACCUGGCAUUUCUCAACGUUUGCCCUACAAUAAUACAGUCUAUCUGUCCAUUUUCCAGUGGGCCUCAUAUUAAAUACAAUUACAAUUACUUUUCAUGAAUGCACUUAUUGUAAGCUUCCCAUAUACAGUCAGAAAGGCUACAUCUAUUAAUUACAUUUGGUUAAAUCCAAGGUCAUGCUGAAAAUGGAAGU